AUGAUGGGACACGCAGCCGGCUGGUCGGCAACAAACAACAGUCACAAUCACAGAGAGAUUGUUAUCACGCUAGGAGCUGUACUAUCCUCCCUGGGAUCAAUACUCAUGAUCCUUCGCUUUUACACAUACUUCUACAUUAUUCGCCACAGGGGAGGUCAGGCUCUGGUUUGGGCUACUCUGAGCUGGAUCCUUGCCGCUCUAAGUACAGCAUUUUACUGCGUUUUCCCAUAUCAUCCGCACUUGACUAUUUCCAAAGUCCUCGCAACGACGGCCGAUCUACUAGCUUACUGGGCUAUGGCGUUCAUGAAGCUUGCUAUGACAAUGUAUAUCCUUCAUAUACAAGAGGGGAUCUACAAAUUGGGAAAGUGGAUUUUGCUAGCUGCGUCCGGUUUGAAUAGGACAAAUAAGAUGACUAUUCACCGAGGUGAUAUAGAUAGCAACGGCUAUCGGACUGACUUUCAUGGGUGUAUUGAAAUGCCAUCCCGGGACGCAGAAGACAGCAAUGUGCGCAAAGAGAGAAAUAUCUGGAUCGACCUGGGCAGCAGGUAA